CACAACAUAGAGAGAGAUACACAGAAGAGAACACAACGCUCCAGAACAACAAUAUCAAAGCCAGUGACGAACGAUGUCGUUUCCCUCUGAGAAUCAGAACCCUAACCCUAAUUCUCCAUUGAAGAAGAGAACACUGAGGUGGUCGGAUAUCUGGCUCAAGCACACGAAAUCGAAACCCCUGAACGAUGUGGUUGUGGCGGCAAUGAAGCUUCACUCGCUCUCUCCUCGGUCUCAGAAAGCGAACCCCUUAAUCUCCAAUUUGUCCAUCAUUGACCGAACUCUUCUAUUGUCUGAUGAGCUUCUUCUCAAAAUCCUCACCAAGCUUCCAGAUUCUCCUCAGAGGAACUCAAACUCCCUUGUUUGCAAGCGCUGGCUCAAUCUCCAGGGUCGCCUCGUUCGCUCCAUCAGGAUCCUCGACUUUAACUUCCUCUUAUCUGGUAGGUUGAUUCAUAGAUUCCCCAAUCUCAACCAUGUUGAUUUGGUUUCUGGGUCUUUGAUUUCGCCCUCAAGUUCAGCAAUUUUGUUGAGUAACCGCGUUUUGUCCAUGAAUAUUGAUUCUGGGUCUUCCCCAAAUUGGUGUUUUUGUGAGGAAAAUAUGCUCCCUUUUGAGGUUAUUGAUAAUGGGCUCAGUGCACUCGCUAGUGGGUGCCCCAAUUUGCGUAGGCUCCAGGUUAUUGGUGCCAGCGAGAUGGGUUUGCUCAGUGUGGCUGAGGAAUGUUCCACCUUGCAAGAAUUGGAACUGCAGAGUUGCAGUGACAAUGUGCUUCGCGGGAUCGCGGCCUGUGGGAAUUUGCAGAUCUUGAAAUUGGUUGGGAAUGUUGAUGGAUUCUACAAUUCUGUGGUUUCUGAUAUUGGGUUAACGAUUUUGGCUCAGGGUUGUAAGAGGCUCGUGAAGCUGGAGCUUAGUGGGUGUGAAGGGAGCUUUGAUGGGAUUAAAGCAAUUGGUAAGUGCUGUCAAAUGUUGGAGGAGUUGACCUUUUGUGAUCAUAGGAUGGAUGAUGGGUGGCUAGCUGCACUUGCAUUUUGUGAGAAUUUGAAGACCUUGAGGUUCCUGUCUUGUAAGAGAAUUGAUCAGAAUCCAGGACUAGAUGAGUAUUUGGGUUCUUGUCCAGCACUUGAACGGUUGCAUUUGCAGAAAUGCCAAUUGCGGGAUAAGAAGAGCAUAGCCGCAAUGUUUUCUGUAUGUAGGGCUACCAGGGAGAUUUUUCUUCAGGACUGCUGGGGAUUGGAUAGUACCAUGUUCAAUUUUGCAAUUAUUUGCAGGCGUGUAAGAUUGGUUUACUUAGAAGGAUGCUCAUUGUUAACAACAGAAGGUUUGGAGUCUGUAAUUCAUUCCUGGAAGGAGCUUCAGAGCCUUAGAGUAGUCUCGUGUAAGAAUAUAAAGGAUAAUGAAAUCUCUCCUGCGCUUGCAACCUUAUUUACCACGCUCAAGGAGUUGAGAUGGAGGCCAAAUACCAAAUCACUUCUUCAAUCAAGUCUUGUGGGGAUAAGCAUGGGAAAGAAAGGUGGUAAAUUUUUCAAAAGGACAUGAUACAUGGCUGAAUUUGCCAUGCAGUAAUCUAAAUCUAGGCUAUGUCUUAGAAACACAUUAUUUUCGCUGACAUAGUGAGAUUGUACCAAUGAUUAUUUUGUACGGUUAACUUAGAUGUUGACGGUGGAAGAUUGUUCUUUGUUUUCUUCCGUCAGAAUAAGGAAGAAACCCAGAGAUGUAAUUAUUUAAAAGUCUAACCCAGUUCACUCCACGUAGAAAUUGGGUACACCUUGUUCCUCUGCGUUUUUCUGUUUGACUGGGGGAAACUUUAGUUAAAGUAACCAUGCUACGGCUAUAUGU